AGCAAGUAGCGCUUUCCUAAAUGACUUUUGAGCGGAAAUCACGUCCGUACAUGUCACAUUCAUUACCUUCCUUAGGUACCGAUUCCCUCCGCUCCGUCUUCUUAAACUCUUAUUAUAUUAUUAUCGCCAAAACCGCCUCAUCUUCCUUGUCGGCGAUCCUAUAAUCAACUCUUCUUCUACAUCACCCCAUACAUACCUAACCCCGUAUCUGAUAUUCCAAAGCAUAGCCCAAGAUGCCGGCCUGGGGCAAAGGUCUCAUGCAGUCCGACGAUGACUACGAUAUCGCCAACGACCUUAGCGACAUGUGCGACUGCGACCUCAUAUACCCGACGGAAGAAGAGGGCCGAUCCGCCACGAUCAAAAAGUUGAACGACGGUCUGCUCUCCCAGAAGUUUGAAAAGAUUCUCUCCAGCGACUUCAAGCCGGCUACCAGCCACCACAAGCGAGAGCGCAUAGCUAUCAUCUUGGGGAUGCUGGCCAUGGAGCUCGGCGUUGUCAUCGAAGACCGCUACUUGAGAGCGCUUCGAAUCCUUCGGCCCUGGCUCCCUACGCUCGAGCAGCAGCUGCAGCUGGUUACGGCGCUCGACGAGUACAAGAAUGAUGGGACGCCUUGGGAGACGGGCUCGAAGGGUCUUAUUGACACGAGACGAGCCAAGGAACGAGGUCCGCAGAAGUACGACCUUGGUGACGAGUUCUGGUUCAGUGGCUUGGGAUUCUCUUCAGAUGAGGCUCCCUCGUCAGAGAUGGUCAGCAAAGUCUGUAUGAAUUGCGGGGACAGAGAUGUCGACCUCCGCUGCGGCCGCUGCAAGAUGGUUCGUUACUGCAACGCUGCCUGCCAGCGAGUUGACUGGUCAACUCACAAGAAAGUUUGCCAGCCCCGUGACAGCAUCCGCAAAUGCCCUGUGCCUGAUCUUAAGUAAUAUCUAGAGAUCAAGUCUUCCCUUUGUUCGCCGAUUCGUUUGACUAUAGUUCCGUUUGAGGCGAUGUUUGAUAGUUUAGUCACCUUGCUGC